GUCUGCGCAUUCGUUUGUGAGUCUCAUUUGAGCCGGUCGAUCGUGUGGACGUACAUUACUCAUUUAAUAAAUAUAUACAUAGAAAAUAUAACAUGGCGAAAUUCUACCUCGUUGCAUUGCUCUGCGCUGCCGCUUGUGCGCAGCUGUCUUCUGCUGCCAACAUUGCCGAUGCCAUCGAUGCCGAUCUCCGCGUCAACAUCGAAGGUUACAAUAAAAUCCUCGCCACCGUCGAUGAAGCACACAAAGCCAAUCUCGAGAAGCUGAUCGCACAGACCGAGGCUGCUCUUAAGGAGACCGACCACAAGGAGAAAACCAAAAUUUUGGAUGGCCUAAACGGCGCUUUCCCCGAUGAAUUCAAUCAGUAUUUGAACCGAAAAUUACAAGAAUUGAAUAUUGAUGGUGAAGUACAACAGUCGCUCGACUUCUACAAAGCUCUGCUGGAAAAUGCCGAAUCGAAUGAAUUCAAGGCUGACAUUGAAAAGGCCAUAGCAACUUUGACCACCAUUUCACAGGAAACUGUUGCCGCCAAAAAGGUGGAAAGCUACCUGCAAUUUACCCAAGACCACCGUGCCAGUUUCCAAGAAUUCUUGAAGAAACAAACUUUGCCACAAAUCGAAAAAUCUCUGAAUGGUGCUAUCAAAUUCUUUGACGGUCUGCUCGCCGAGGCUGAUAUCAAACACAAGGACGAAAUCGUUGCGCUAAAGGCACAAGCUGAAGGUGGUUUGGCUGCUGCCAGCCUGGAAGAUAAGCAAAAGAUCUACUACGAGAUCACCAAUCCUGAGAACAAGGAGCUUUACAACUACUUGAAAGAGAAAUACAUUGAAAAGCAAUAAGUUGUUGAUAUUUUCGUCAUGAGUUUUGUAAGAAAUUAUUUUAUAUACUAAUGUAAAUUUAAUUUAUUUUAAUGUUGUUGAGAGUGUAGCGUUUUAACGGACUAGUGUAACGGCAUUCGUGUGAAAAUAAACAGUAAUAUAAAGGCAUAUUGCUAAAAUGGAGAAAAAGAACUGAUA